UUUUAAAAUCUGCAUUUGGUUCUCGAGAAAACUCUCAAAUAGACCCUCGUACUAUGACCAAUUCCUCAAUUAAGCCCUUAUACUUAUUUAUCACCCAAUUAAACACCUGAACUCUUAAAAAGUGUUCAAUUAAACUAAUUUGCAGGUAACCAGCCAGUUUCCCGGUUAGCUACCCGCAUGGUAGUCCACGUGGCAGACACAUGGCAAUUAUUUUAGUUUUCAUGAAUGUGUUGACUAUAAUGACUGCAAGCAAGACUUCAUCUGAGUAGUUCCACACUUCCACCGCACCAGUUCCCCUUGCUUAAUUCAUCAUUCUCCUGGACUGCCAACUACCAGUAGUUCAUCUGCAAGCAAGACUUCAUCUGCCAACUACUACGUACCAUUUUCAUGAAUGACAUCUUUCUUUCUACCAUCUUUCUUGUACAAUUACCUCCUCUUCGUCCCAGAAUGUCACGCUAGACUACAAGGAGGAGCAUCACAGCAUACCAAACUCGCCGGAAAUCGAGUAGAGAUGAAGGUGGUGGCCGCCGUCGAUCUCCACCGGUGGAACCUACUGCCAAUCGGAGUCUUCCUCAAUGUUGCCAGAAAAUUUCAACCUAAAUUACACCAUCUCAUCUUCUUGCACUCCAUAUUCCCGAAUCCCGGGUCCACGGCUAAGUUAAAAAACGGGUCGUCCAGCUCUGUGAGUGACCCCUUGCCACCGCGACUUCCCCUUCUUGGCCCAUCGGAUCCUUUCCCUAGAAAACAGGAAGUUGAGGACGCCGCCGUCCAGCUUCAUUCCGUCUAACCCUUCCAACCCGACCCGAAUCGCCAUUCUAUGCGUUGUUGUUCCGCCCUCGUUGUCUCCGCCAAAGAACACGCUAUCGAGAAAGAAAGGGACGGCCGGAAAUUCUAGGCAAGUAGGGAAGGAAGGAAGUGGGAGAAAGGAAAGACAAAGGGAGACAAAAGUUGCAGGCCUACGGCCUACCACCGGGGAAGGAAGAGAACGAAAAGAAAGAAAGAAAGAAGGGGAAAAGAAAAAAGAGAAAAAGAAAUAAAAGGAAAAAAAAGGAAAAUGACAUCUGUCCGCCACGUAGACUGCCACGCGGUAGCUAACCGGGAAACUGGUUGGUUACCUGCUAAUUAGCUUAAUUGAACACUUUUUAAGAGUUCGGGUGUUUAAUUGGGUGAUAAAUAAGUACGCGGGCUUAAUUGAGGAAUUGACCAAAGUACGAGGGCCUAUUUGAGAGUUUUCUCUUUGGUUCUCUUAUGAAAAAAAGUAGAGCAACUCCCGCUACUGAACAAAGCUCAGUUAACGAGCUUUCUAUCUAUCUAACAUUGAAUGUUGAUUAUGAAGUUGGGGAUGAUUUUGACGUUCUUAAGUGGUGGAAGGACAAUGAAAGAACGUUCCCGGUUUUAUCAAAACUGGCUAAGCAAGUGCUAGCAAUGCCGAUAUCAACAGUUGCCGUGGAACAAGAAUUUAGUGCGGCCGGCAACGUCCUAACCGAUUAUAGAACGAGGUUGAGCCCGAGCUCUCUUGAGACGCUAGUUUGCUUCCAUGAUUGGUUGAAGGCCAAACGAAGAACUCAAGAAAUGACCAUCGCUCCCACCCGCCACUUUAUGGAGGAAACAACCACCGAAGGCGGAGAUUCCGAUUGAUUUUUUAUUUCAAAAUGUAUUACAUUUCUUAAAUGCAUCCUAAUUCUCAAUUGUACUUCUUAUUUGAAAUAAAAAUACUUGAAUUAUUUUAUAUUAUUGUGUACAUCAAUUCAAUAAUUCAAUUCAAUAAAAUUAAUUUGUAAACUUGUACUUCAUAUGUAGCACUUCUCAAAUUAAUUAAUUGGUUACAAACUUAUAAC